GCGGGCCCGGUGGCCGUCGCCUCACUUCCGGGAGCGCCGGAGCGCCGCGGCAGCCGCCUGCUCACGAGGCCGACAGCCGGCCAGCGCCGGGGUGCGGAGCGGGCGAGCGCGCAGACCAGGCCGAGGAGGCCCCGCGGUGUACGCGGCCCGGGCCUCUGUCCGCAGCCAUGGGGGCGUCCACGCGGCUGCUGCGCGCGGUGAUCAUGGGGGCCCCGGGCUCCGGCAAGGGCACCGUGUCGUCGCGCAUCACCAAGCACUUUGAGCUGAAGCACCUCUCCAGCGGGGACCUGCUCCGAAACAACAUGCUGCGGGGCACAGAAAUUGGUGUGUUAGCCAAGACUUUCAUUGACCAAGGGAAGCUCAUCCCAGAUGAUGUCAUGACUCGGCUGGCCCUUCAUGAGCUGAAAACUCUUACCCAAUAUAGCUGGCUGCUGGAUGGUUUUCCAAGGACACUUCCACAGGCAGAAGCCCUGGAUAAAACUUACCGGAUAGACAUGGUGAUUAACCUGGAUGUGCCCUUUGAGAUCAUUAAGCAGCGCCUCACUGCUCGCUGGAUUCAUCCAGCCAGUGGCCGAGUCUACAACAUCGAAUUCAACCCUCCCAAAACUGUGGGCAUUGAUGAUCUGACUGGGGAGCCUCUCAUUCAGCGCGAGGACGACAGACCAGAGACAGUUGUCAAGAGACUACAGGCUUAUGAAGCCCAAACGAAGCCAGUCCUGGAAUAUUACCAGAAAAAAGGGGUAUUGGAAACAUUCUCGGGAACAGAAACCAACAAGAUCUGGCCCUAUGUAUAUGCUUUCCUACAAACAAAAGUUCCACAAACAAACCAGAAAGCCUCAGUUACUCCAUGAGGGAAAAUGGCCUAUUCCAUCUCACCUUCCUUUCUGCUGCCCUGAUGUCUCACUGGCUCCUGAAUGAGUGACUGUGUUCUAAUAAAUUGUCUUAAAACAGUACAUAGGCUAGUUUUGUUUUAUGCAAUACUCUUAUCUCCUACUAUAGUAAUUGUAGCCACACAGGCCUUUAUGACACCCUUUGAUCUGGAAAUCAAAAAGAGAGUAUCAUACUACAUAUGGCUAGCCCGGGAAAAGAUCAAAAUUCAAAACUCAAAGUACGGUUUCUACUGAAUGUGUAUCGCUUUCAUAACAUUAUAAAGUUGAAAAGUUGUACAUGGAACCAUCGCUAAGUCAGGGACUGUCUGUAUCAACACCAAAUCGUUAAGUACAAACAUCGCAUUAUGUUAAAUUGAUGUAACAUUUGCAACCAAAAGCAAGAAUAAAUUUGUAUUUUAAAACAUG